AUGUCGGUCAUGAAGCAAAGCUCAUUCUUGCCAACUGUGAUCACUUUGGGUGAAGCACGACGGCCUUUACGUCCUGUACGAGGGGGCCGAAAACGUGUAGCUUUGCAGAAUGUCAAGGAAACCGGUCUCUACAUUAUAAUAACUCUGCACAGCGCCAGCAACGUUCCAGCUCGAAAACGUCGUAUGGUAGAUGGAGCGACAGAGAGCACCUCUGCUCCGGAACUCGAUCUUUUGGCUGGCAGUUAG